ACGCGAGUCUCGUCAAAACACAAGAGAACGAGAGAGAGGGAGUGCUGUUGAUGGUCGCUUUGAUGAACAUACUUAUAAAUCACUCUUACAGCCCUACACCGCUGCAUAGUGAACUCAGAAUAGAGAGUCUGCUGCCAUCUGCUGGUAAGCUGGGGAACUGCAGCGCUGGCGUCAUGGUGAAGGAUGUUUCGAAAGGUCAAGAAGCGCCACAGCAGCAGCAGCUCCCAGAGCAGUGAGAUUAGCACCAAGAGCAAGUCAGUAGAUUCCAGUUUGGGAGGCCUGUCUAGGUCGAGCACAGUCGCCAGCCUUGAUACAGACUCCACCAAGAGCUCAAGUAACGCUGUGUCUGACGCCUGUGCUGAGUUCAGAGUCAAGUAUGUGGGAGCCAUUGAGAAGCUGCAGUUUGACAUGAGCAAAACCCUGCAGGAGCCGCUGGACCUCAUCAACUACAUUGAUGCAGCUCAGCAAGAUGGAAAACUGCCGUUUGUGCCUGGAGACGAGGAGAUGAUUCUGGGAGUUUCCAAGUAUGGAGUUAAAGUGGCCUCUUUGGACCAGUGUGAUGUGCUCCACCGUCACCCCCUCUACCUGAUUGUCCGUAUGCUCUGCUAUGAUGAUGGUCUGGGUGCUGGAAAAAACCUGCUGGCACUGAAGACCACCGAUACCAAGCAGGAGGAGUGCAGCAUCUGGGUGUAUCAGUGCAGCAGUGCGGAACAUGCCCAGGCCAUCUGUAAAGUUCUGUCCAGCUCAUUUGACUGUGCUCUGGCCUCAGAGAAGCCCUGAUGUCUGUUCGGGACGCUCCACCUUCAGGAGGACGUCUGCUUGAUGAAGGUGUCCUUUUUUUUUUUUAAAUGGAUCUGACACAAAUGCUGGAAUUUGUCUCACUUUGAUUUAAUGUUAGUACUGCCGUUCGUUCGGCUUCUCAUCCACGUUUACCCCAUGUUUACUCCUAACGCCCCCAUCACCCCAAGUUUAGGCCGUGUCUAUGUUUGCUAAUUUAAUCUUAUUUAAUGUAAAUAUACAGAGCACAUUUCCCACAGCAGGCCAGCAAAUCUGUGAUUUCUUGAGCUCCAGUGGGAUUUGUGGAAAUCAUGGUACAUUUAAUGAUAGUGUGGAACACAAUGAUGCUGUAAAACCCCCGAGUCUUCUGUGCCCUGUUCGUGUACGUGCCCCUUUUUGUUGUUCUGGUCCAGUUGGGAUGGGAUCAGCCAAUAUGGUACAAUAAAUCAAUGCAGAUGUGAAUCUCUA